CCGCACUCGCCACCAUUUUACUUCAGCAACGCAUGCGUAGUAGAACGUCACCUAUUGCCGUAGGGUGGUCCAAACAGAGCCAUGCACAUCCAUAACGCGAUAUUUCAUUUUGUAUGGAUAUUUUCGUCCAUUGCCAGCGUACAUUCAAUUCGACACGGACAAAAUCUUAUCUGGGCCCAAGUCCCGUCCCUGAGGAACUCUGUGUCCCGACUGGUGGGGAUUGAGGGAGACCCUGAUGAGUGGGUAGUUAGUGGCAAGGUUAAGAUCAGGCACAUCAGCGCGCCACAUCUUGGAUGGGAGUUUUCUGCUCUGGCUUUCGACUACACCACCCAAACCUUGAUAUGGAGCGAGGCCAUGAACAAACGAAUACAGAGCCUCGUUCUGAACGGCAGUACCGACACCUCAGACGUCUUCACGGGAACGUCUCCAGAGGUGUACGGCAUGGCCGUGGAUUGGCAGUCCGGUAACCUGUACUGGACGGACGCCCUGUAUAACUGGAUCAUCAUGGCGCCCCUACACGCAAGUGACAAGACCAGAACAUACAAAAUCAUCAUACAGACGGGCCUAGAUUCCCCACAUGGCAUAGCCGUACAUACAACAAGAGGAUUACUUAUAUGGUCGGAUUUCGGCGAGCGUCCGCGGAUCGAGAUGUCCGACCUGCUGGGAGCUGACCGCCACGUGUUGGUUGACCAGAGCCUGGAGCACCCCCGGGGCAUCACUCUGGACGGAGACACGUUGUACUGGGUGGACAGUCAGAAGGACACAGUGGAGGCCGUCAACAUUGACGGCACUGGACGGCGGAUCGUCGUCGUAAAUUCAGGGUCCAAUUUCUUUGGCAUUGCAGCCUAUGGGAGCUACCUGUUUGUGACCGAACAAAGUAAAGGCCACCUUAAAAUCGUAGACAAGAACGACGGUCAAAAUAAAAUCAGUUACCGCCUCGGCUACAUCCCCUAUGACAUCAUCAUGUAUACCAACUACACAACAGGGUCAUCACAUAGGUGCGACACGUUGCAGUGUGACCAGUUCUGCGUGGACAUGCCCGACCCCGGCGCCAGAUGCAUCUGCGGGGAGGGAUUCAACAUCACCGACGAUGAUCGCUCUUGUGAAUUGACGGAGGUGUUCGUUCAGCCCUCUCACAUCUACGCUGUGCACGACGCCAUCUGUCACUAUCCCGCCAACGUGGCCGACAUGUCGCUGCUAAACGUCACUCUAGACAAACAGUGCUUCCUGGAUAAACGUCAUGGAUACCUGGCGUUAGCAUUCGAUGCGAGGGAAAACUUUCUCUAUUAUUCUGAAAACAAUACAAAAACUAUCAGCAGGAUUAACCUUGAAGUGGGAGCCACAGCGGAGACGAUAGCUGGUGGAACUGGGGUUGUAUCAGGCCUCUGCCUGGACUGGGUGAGUGGCAACCUCUACUGGACCGACUCUAGCAACCAGCUGAUUAAAGUGGCCAGCCGGCACGGCACCUUCCAGAGAGACCUCAUCACCACCAACCUUGACAACCCCCUCGGGAUCGCUGUACACCCGGGACGCGGUCGCCUGUACUUCACGGACCCCGGAGAUACGCCCAAAGUGGAAACAGCCUACACUGACGGCAGCGACAGGCGGGCCAUUCUCGACCACGACCUCGGCUCCCCCAACCACCUCUACAUUGACUACACCAAUGACAUCAUGUACUGGAGCGACUCAAUCAAGAACCAUGUGAGGAGCUACAAUCUCAAGACAGAGCGGCUGACCAUCAUCUUCAACCUGGACAACAGCGGCUUCUACGGCAUCAGCAUCUUCCAGGACAUCAUCUUGUGGACCGACAGGAACGACAUGAACGGUAUCCACAUGGCCAGACUCGACAAGGAGGAGAAGAUCCGCGGCAUCCUACACCCCCAUUACGGCAUCGCUCAAGACCUCGUCACCUUCGACAUUCACAACCAGCCUCCCUAUAACAGCAGCUGUCGGGAGGGUGCCAACCCGUGCAGCCAGCUGUGUCUGAGUGGGGCUGAAGACGCGACCUGGUGCACGUGCGGUCUGGGAUAUCACCUGGCAGAGGAUGACGUCACCUGCAUAUCAAGUAUAUCAGAGAACAACUUCCUAUUGGUGACCGACGCCUACCAGAGACAGGUUUUCCAGGUGAGCUCCAGCAACGGGGUGGUCCACGCCAUUCGCCAUUCCACCAGGCACUCGCCCAUCGCCAUUGGCUUCGACCCCAUCAAGAUGCGCCUGUACUGGUCUGACAACACAGUCCGCAUCAUCAAGGGAUCCAACCUGGACGGAGACUUCGCCGAGAUCGUCGUUGGGAUGGAUGAAGGUGCGGUGGUGGACGGCCUGGCUGUAGACCACAUAAAUAAACUUCUAUACUUCACCGAUGCCGGACAUGACCUGAUCGGAGUUGUCUCCCUUACCAACUACACACACCGCAAAAUUCUAAUAACUGAGGCUGUGGACGAGCCGAGGGCAAUUGCUUUGCUUCCUCUGGAGGGGACAUUCUACUGGACAGAUUGGGGUAAAGAGCCCCGGAUUGAGCGGGCAUCCAUGGAUGGGUCAGACCGCACCAAGUUUGUCAUACUGGACAAGAACUCCUGGCCGAAUGGUCUCGCAGUGGACGGAAAGAGUCGACGCCUGUUUUGGGUGGACGCACAGUAUAACACAGUGUCCAUGAUCUUCCUGAAUGGCACCGGACAACGCGUUAUGCUUAAAGAGGACGUGGCACACUAUUUUGGAAUCGCCAUCAUGGGCGACUACCUUUACCUCACAGACUGGAAGAAAACUUACAUAUCCCGGAUGCACAAGGACGGCGGUGCCUUGGAGGAGUUUGGCACAGAUUCCUUCACCAAACUGUACGGCAUCUAUGGCUUCAACAGGACGGAGGUUGUCCUAGGCAACAGUGUGUGUGUCUUCAAAGAGUGCCAGCAGCUGUGUCUGCCCCGCCCACAUAACAUGUUCACGUGUGCCUGCAUGGAAGGCUUUCGUCGUAAUGAUGAUCGGAGGACCUGCAUUCGAGAAACGACACCAGCACCUACUACAACACGACUCACGACCACACCGACAACUUCGCCAAACGCCGUCACAACUACAACUACAGUUAGAACUUCAUCGUCCAUACACACAACGUUGAUGUCUUCGCCAUCUUCUGUGACGAGUUUAUCAUCAUCGCCAACAUCCAAAUCUCCAGUAACAAGUGUAAUACCAACGGCGUCUCCAGGUCUCUCGAAAUCAACCCACACGACAUCUACAUCACCGAGCUCUAGCACAGUGACACCCACGAGUGAGUACCCCACCACGGAGUUUGAGGUUCAUGUGGUAGCCCCAGUGAAAACCACUUCGUCGAGGUUAUCCCCUGGAACGGUGGCUGCUGUUGUCAUCGUGGUGCUCCUGGCCAGCGUCAUAGCACUGGUGGUUGCUGUCAUCAUGUAUCGAAAACACCGCCAGUACAAGAUCCCCCACGGCAAGCUACUGGAAGACGACCCGAAGCGUGUGGACACCUUCUACCGCAUCACCUUCCCCGACAACAACAAAGACGAACCGGUCAUGAUGGAUAACGGCAUAGAGAAUCCCGCCUACGACUGUGUCAGUGACGACGACGGCGACAAAGACGCUUACAACGUACACUGAAGACAGUGAUGUAACCGUACCGCGGUGUAUCAUUAAACAUUGUCACAUUCCACUUCA